AUGGCUGAUGAAAUCAUAAACUGCACGUUUGCUAUAGUAGGUGGUGGUAUAGCAGGUGUGUCUUGUGCAGAAGGUAUAAGUUUUCUUGCGCCAGAGAAAAGUACUGUAUUAAUUACUGCAAGUCCGCUAAUUAAAACAGUAACAAAUAUUAUUCCAUUGGGUAAGACAGUGAUGCAAUUUGAUAUUGAGGAGAAAAAUGCAAAAACCCUUACUGAAAAGCAUCCUUCAUUACAAGUUAUACAUGACAUUGUAACAAAUAUAGAUGUUAACAAGAAAUAUAUAAAAACUCAAACUGGAAGAUCAAUAAAAUAUACAAAAUUAUGUCUUUGUAAUGGUGGCAGACCAAAACUUAUCGCAGAAAAUAAUAAAUUUGUCAUAGGUAUUCGAGAUACUGAAUCUGUGCUUCAAUUUUCUCAAAAGAUUCAAAAUGCUAGAAAAAUUGUGGUUGUUGGAAAUGGAGGCAUUGCAACUGAACUUGUGCAUGAAGUAAAAAAUGUUGAAGUAGUUUGGGUGAUCAAGGAUAAGCACAUAUCUGCAACAUUUAUUGAUCCAGGUGCAGCAGAAUUCUUUUUACAAGAUGUUUAUAAUACAGAUAAAUCAGAAAAUAGUGACAUUAAACCUAUCCGAAGAAUGAGGUAUACUACUACUGGACCAUCUAAGGAAGGAGGACCUGCUCUUGGUCCAGAUUGGCAUAAUAAUUUUGUUAUAAAAGGUACUUCAUCAAACUGUAGAAAAGUCCAGAUUGAAUAUGAAUGCGAAGUAAAUGAAAUUCUUAAGAAAGAAGAAGUUACAGAAUGUAGCGAUACCGAGAACUGGCCUGUGUAUAUAAAAUUAACAAAUGGUAAAAUUAUUGGUUGUGAUUUUAUUGUAUCUGCAACUGGUGUUAUACCAAACUCAAACUUAACGGGUUUAGAAAAUCUUGAGAAAGGAGAAGAUGAAGGUUUAUGCGUGGAUUGGAAAUUGGAAACUUCGGAAAAGGAUAUUUAUGCAGCAGGAGAUGUAUGUACUGCAAGAUGGGAAAUAGCAAAGCAUUGGUUUCAAAUGAGACUUUGGACGCAAGCACAUCAAAUGGGAAUUUAUGCCGCAAAGUCUAUGACUUCGAGUCUGAAAGAAGAAGAUUACAUGCAAGAUUUUUGUUUUGAACUUUUUACUCACGUUACUAAAUUUUUUGAUUACAAAGUAGUUUUGAUAGGUUUAUACAAUGGUCAAAAGUUAGAUAAAAAUUAUGAGAUAUUGCUUCGAGUAACAAAAAAAGAAGAAUAUAUAAAGCUUAUAUUAGAAAAUGGAAGGUUGCAAGGAGCAGUACUUAUAGGAGAUACUAAUCUAGAAGAAAUGUGUGAAAACCUUGUUCUCAAUCAGAUAGACUUGACUCCAUAUGGCGAAGACAUACUUGAUCCUGAUAUUGACAUUGAAGAUUAUUUUGAUUAAUUUAAUAAAUUUAUUGUACUAUUAUAAUCUAUGCUUUUUUUUUUAUUAUAUUAAGUUCGUUACAAAUAUACAAAAAUUUUGUGUGAAAAUAUAUAUUAUUUAAAAUCAUACUAUCUGAAUCUUCAUGUUUCAUCGUUGUACUUUUUUAAAACACACAAAGGUAAGAUAUAAAAAUGUAGAUAGAUAAAAAAAAUACUACUCAUAUAAAUCACCCUUUUCUCUUCCAAGUAUUAUUUUUUUUUUUUUUUAAUUAAUUCAGAAAUAAAAGUAAAAUCACGUUGGCAUAAAAAUAACUGUUAUAAAAAGAUUGCAUUAAAAAAAUACAGUUUUAAAAAAGUUACAACACACGAAUUAUAUACCAUUAUAACUUAACAAUAUAUUGAUACCAAUCAUGCUUAUGUAAAUAAUUAUUUAAUCUAAUUACAUAUGAACUGAUCUUAAGAUACGUUUCUAAAUAUUUAUACAUUGGCAAUAGUUUUUUUUUAAUAAUCAAUAUUACAUAUAAAUUUAUAUAACAUUUUUAAUUAUCAAUGAGAUUAAGAAUAUAACCAAAUAUAAUAAAAUAUUAAUAAGUCUUGUCAAGAAGAUAAAUAAAAAUAAAAAUGGCAAGAAUGAAUGAGAUUAAGAGAUCCUAAUAACAAUAUGACAAAUUUAUUUUCAAGAAAAAGCUUGUUGUUGGACACAACGGUUGAUUACUUUAUUUUUAAACCUUCAAUAAUUUUAUAAAAAUCAUUUAGUGAAUAAUAUAUCACAGGUGUCAUAUUCUCGCUUUAUUAUUUUCAGCCAUUAUAGGCAAAGAAAGAAAUAUUUUAUAUUAUUUGACAAGUUUUCUACUUUUAAAUAUUAAGUUAGAUGAUGUUGAAUUUUAUCCGUAAAUCGUACGGAUUUUGGAAUAUUUCCAUUUUUAGGAUGUGUAAUAUUAUUACUGCGUAAAUUUGAUUUGACCGGAGAUGCAUUUAACUUGAUAUCUUCUUUAGGAAUAUCAUUAUUCACAAAUUGCACGGUAUUUGUACAAUCAAUUCUUUCGAUCACAGUAUUAUUAACAGAUCCAGUCGAACUUACACUUUCAUUUUUAUUAUCCUUCAAAUUUUUAACGAGCAACAUACUCCUUAUAUCAACGAUAAUAUUUUGUACUCUAUCUAAAGAAUCGCUAAUUGUAUUGUUAAUUUCAGGGCUUUCACAUUGUUGACAUAGUUUACUUAAAGAUUGUGUUGCGCGUUCAAUUUGCAUAAGAUAAGUAUUUACGUUCUUGCGCUGUUGAGAUUCGGAUACUUCCUCUUGCGUCAUAGAAUCAUGCAUCGACGUAUCCAUAGAUAAUUGUUGAAAACUUUCAUUCAAAUGUUUCUUCACAGGUGUUAAAUUUAUUGAAAUUCUACUAUUAUUUAAAGAAUCAUCGAACGUUUCGGUAUUAUCGAAAGGUAUCCAAUCAUUUUCUGAAUUCUGUAACUCUUUCAACGAAUUUUCUAUAUCAUAAUCACGCAACUGAUGAACCCAAUCUAAAAAUCGCAUUGGUUCCCACAAUGUUUCCUUUUUAUGAUCUUUAUCUCGAACACGAAUCACAGGUCUCAGAUUCUUAUCAAUUAGAGUCUGCUGUUGAUUAAAUUCCUAAAAUACAAAGAAUACUAAUGAAUCAAGUCUGUUAUGAUUGUUAGAAUUUACAACUCAAGGUUAUCGAACUUCUUUUGUUAUGAGAAUAUUCAAUGUUUUUAAAAUUUCCUCUAAUAAACACGUGAUAAUUUCCAUUUUAUCUUAUUUAAUGACCAUGAAAUAGAUAGAAUAGAAAAAAGAUAAACAUAGAUAAUAGUUAAAAAUAUCAAGACUAUCGGUUAUUUAUUUCUAAAAUAUAAAAAGUGAGAGACAUUUUUAAGGUUGAAUCUCUAAUGUAUCAAGUUUGACAACCCUAAUCUAAUUACGUAUGUAAUUUAUACGUACAUAAUUUAUGCCAACUUCUCUGCAUCGUUCAGUUGCUUCCCUAACGAGUAUUUGCAUCUCGUGCAAACUAAUACCACCAGCUUUUAUAGUCUCGGCACUGGUUUUGAUUUUAAGGGCACUUUCAAAAUCUGCAGUAGUUUCGUUCAAUAUGCUUUCUAAUUCUUGAAGAAAAUUUGACUUGUAUGGUGAAACAUUUGCCUUAGUUUCCACUUGUUGAAUUUUUUUGAUUCUAUUAUUCGUUUCUAUUUCAUUAGCGAGUAUCUCCUUUUCUAAUUCAAGUUCCUGUUUACGACGAUUUAUUUCUUCCAAUGCUAAUUUUUGUUCUUCCAAUGUACUACCAAGAACCUCGAUUUUAUGUUCAUAGGUAGAUUUUUGAGAGCCAAGUUGUAACUCUACUUCUCGUUUUGCAUUUUCUAAUUCCUUUAUGGCUUUCUGUUUUGAUUCCUCCAGUUCUGCUCUUAAUCUAAAUAUUAGAAAAAAAAUUGUAAUAAUAAUAAUUACAUUAAUAAACUCAAUUUUGUUCUGUUAACGAAUAACUUACUUUUCUUCUUGUAUCUUGAGUAUUUCUUGAUGUGCAAAUUCAAAGUCUAUAGCCUGCGAAGAAAUUUGUAUGUUUCCAGUCUCAUCAUGUGGAUUUGAAACUUUGAAGUAAUGAUUGCCACCUAUGACAAGUCGAUCACCAUGUUUUAGAUGUACUUUCCCACUCACCACCUGUCAAUAAUAUAAUACGCAUUAUUUUUGUUUGUUUUUUCUAUAUAAGAUGUAACAUAGAAAUAUAAUUAUUAUUCUUUCAAAUUACCUGACCAUUCAGAUAGGUAUCACCAUCCAUCUCUGGCAACAACAUAAGCUUACCAUUUUUAUUUUCUAUGGUACUAUCAAAAAGAAAAAAACAUCAAUUAAUAAUCAAUAUUGGCAAUUUUCAAUGAAAUGAAUAUACAAUUAUAAUGAUUAGCAAGUCAUUUAUAAUGAUUAACAAAUCAAAAACAUAUCAACGCAGAAAAACCUGUGAUGUAAAUUAAUGUAUAUUAAAAAAAAAUAGUGCUUCUUAGAUGUUCAUUUUAUCAGCAUUAGAAAUCUUGUUUUAGCAUUUGUUAUUCGAAUCAAUAGUGCAGAAUCGAUAAUUGUAGAAACAACUCAGUGAUAUAACCAGUAUAUAAUCAUGCAUUAAUAAGAUAUAAAAAGAUAAACACGCCUGGAUCCAAUGAGAGGACAUGAUUACGUGAAGGUUGAUACGAGAAAUAUCGGCAGAGGAAAACGAGGAUAGCAUAAUAUAUUUAGAAGCAAAAUGCAAAAGAAGUGAGGAGUAGUAUCUCUGGAAGUUUUGGAUCGACUGGCUUUAAAAAGGGAUGAAGAAGAACGUCUCGAUUGUUGAAGGAAACGUCUCUGGAAAUCGAGAACUAACCAGUGCAAUUUUCUAACAAGUGGCCCAUCCAAAACGAUAUCCAAUGGUACUUUUUUAAAGGUUUCUGAGUUCUCUGAACGUUUUCCAAUGCGUACCAAACCAGGCGGAAUUAAAUACAACAAUGUACCAGACAACAUAGGAUCAGCAGCGAGAUUUAUUAAACAUGGUUGUUUAUCCUUUUCACGUAAAUCAAUUUCAACUGCGAUUCCACAACGUCGUAAAUAUUUUAGCUCGGAAUUCUUUCUUUCUUCGGUUUCCUGUAAUUUUUCCAAGCUGCUCCUGCAAUCGAAAUUCGCUGACUAUUAAAGUUUACAUUCGAUUCGAAAAUAUAAAAGCAUACGAUAUAUAAUAAAAAUUUGACUGAGAAAAUUUAUAUCAAUUUUCGAAAUUUCUAUUGAGGAAUUAUAUAUUAAAAUAAUAAUAAAUAUGACAAAUCUUCUCAAAAACGUCCUACUUAAAUUAAAAAUGGAGGUACUCGUUCCCAAAUUUAUGACGAUCGAUUGGAUAAGUUCGAAGCAAUUAUUUUAUAGCGUCAACAGAAAUAUUAUUCAAAAUAUAUAAUACAGUAAUUAUGAUAAUGUAAUAAUUCUAUUUGCUAUGAUGAUAAUUUUUGUUCUUUUUUUUUUUCCUUUAAUGAACUUUAAAAUAAACUUACUUUUGAGUGGCA